GCCCUGCCCUGCCCGGCCAGGCCAGGCCAGGCCAGGCCAGGACAUCUCAAAGCAAGCCGAAGCCAAAACCUGCAAGUGCUGGCAGCGCAGCCCUGUACAGCCGACUCUACGCAGUACUCUGUUGGCAGCGCGAGGGUGAUUAUGUUCUGUUCAGACUGUUCUCCAACGAGCCCGCACAUAUCUCCUAUUAUUGUCCAGAAUCUCCUUGAUCUGGAUGUCGCCGUCGUCUUCCAUUGCUUGCGUCUACAGUAUCAAUCUCGUAUCUCGCAUACAUACAUCCGUACAUAAGAUCGACGCGAUUGGGACCUCGAAGUCAACAUCACCCAAGCUCGUCCUCGGCCACCACAUGUGCCGGACUAUUCUGGGCCUCAACACCACCGUUACACUUUCUGGUCUAGUGACGACGGCGUACGGUCAGUUGCAUCCACCAGUUGCACAACCGCCUGCUCUCUUCCACGCCCAUAUUUGAGGGCCACUCUCUACCCAGUGCUCGCGGGAAGAUGCAUCUGCAAACGGGCGGCAGCACGACAACGACCAUGGCAUACUCAGCAAUUCCCCUCCCGGCUUCGCCCACCCUCACGAACCCUGAUAUGAUUCUUCCCUAUGGAGAAUACGAUUCCACCCCCUCACCUCCUCGACGCAAAUAUCGAUCAGAAGCUGCGGGCGGGGAUUGGGACGAGAAUGGGCAAACCGACAUGCAUUUCUCAAUUGGCCCUCCGCAUGCCCAUAUGGGUCUCAUGACCCCAACGACUCCGAUAAUAUAUGGCAAUGGCACAAUGUUGAGUGACAUCGGCGAGGUCACUGAGGCAGAGAGUACACCGGGCCGGAGUAAGUUGCCCGGCCCAGCGGAGCGUAGAUUGCUCAAAAAACAGCAACUGCAACAAGCGUCAGGAAGUAAUACGCCUUUAGGGUCGAGUCCGACGAUAGGUUAUGCGGCGGUAAUGAAACGGGCAAAGACAGGGACUCACCAGAGGAAAAUAUCUGUCGAAUCAACGAGCACGGUCACCUCGGAGGGACAAGCGGCAGAGCUCUUCAAAGAUUUUGAUGAUGGUGUUAGUGUAGAUGAUAGCGUAUUUCAAGGGGACGAUGAAGAGAGUGUUGCAGACUCCUAUAGCGAGCAAGUAAUUGCCUCGGAGACGCAGCGAUUAGCUACUACAAAUCACAGUGUUGGACAAGAUGAUGACCGAAAUUCAAGCGCGGCUUUGAGCAGGAGGGCAGAACAAAUCUUGCUGAACGCAAAGAAGAGAUUAAAUAACAUGGAAGGUAACCUCACUCGUGCGCGAAGCUCUUUGUAUACGAUCCCUUCUGGGUCCUUAUCAUCAAUUCACAGUAGCAGCCCUUUAUCACGAUCAACGCCAUCUCCCCACGACGAGACAAUGGUAACGGCGCUUGGUGUACCACCUUCGAAAAUAAGACAAUUGCAUACCCCUAGAGAAUCACCGGCUGCGAGUCCAAGGCAUGCAAGGGUUGGUAGCGAAAACUCAGCACUAUCUCCUCAACGAGUGGCACCCUUUCCAAUUCCGUUCCCAGUUCGAUCAGCUAGCGCAGCAGCUCGAUAUGUAAGAAAUGAUGGAAGCAAACGGUCACCACCGUUUGUUAAAGCCCCAGAAACACCACGGGAAGAUGCCAGGGUGUCAUCUCACCCUGGACUUUCAAGCUCCCUGAACAGAAAUUCGCCUCCACAUGCGCUCUUGGAGCCAUUGGGCGAGAACGAUGUUCCUGAUUUUGAGGCAGACAGAGCCAGCACUAGAUCCAGCGUGGACGGCUAUCUGACUCCUAACGGGGAGCACCGAGGCUUAACUCGAUCAGCAUCUUCAAUGCAAAUGCGGGACCUCAAAGAUCAGAUGUCUGACUUGAAAGGCAGGCUUUCUGUCUUAAGGGAUCGCGCUCGGGAUGACACCAUGAAACGACGUAGUUUGCAAAGUCUCAGGACGCCAAGUCCCUUCACAGCAGCUGAGCAGUGGUAUGCCACCUCUAAGAACUACGGUGAACCGCUCAGUGCUGAUGCGGGAAUUGCUUCUUCUCCAUGGAAAGGGUCACUGAACGGUGACGAGGCAAAGCAGGAAGAGAUUGUGCACGCGCUCACGACGGACACACCUCAAUAUGCAGAAUCGGACGUUACCAGCGUCUACGAAGAUGUCAAUGAGCACAGCUAUGCUGUUGAGGUAGACGCAAACAACCACGAGCCUGGAAUUCCGGAAGAAGACGAAGCAGCCGUUCCUGCUGAAGAAUCACAGAAAGACGAACCUGUGGAUGAGUACGAAGACGACUAUAGUGAGGACAUGGUCGAUCAUGAAGAAGCCGAUGAGUACGAGAGCGAUGCAUCAUUGUACCACGAUUCUCUGACUACUCCAAUAUCGCAUGAGGACCGGGAGGAUGCGUUUGACUACGAGCAUUUCUUUUUGCACAGCGCCAUGGGAACCAUUAGUCAACAAAGAAUGGAGCGACGAGGCAGCACUGGAAGCUUCAGCUCUGAGGGAUCUGUGGAGACUGUACAAGGACCGUCAAUAUCGAGCACAAAAUCACCUGCGAGAGCUUCGUUGGGGCAUUUCAGAUCAGAGAGUACUGAUUCCGUGUCUACUGUUGCUACUUUUGAAACAGCAACGGAAGGCAAUGGAUCAGAAAAUGGAGAUGAAGAUGAGCGGCGUGACACUUUCGCAGUUCAACAAGUGGGAACAUUAUCAACACCUCGCUCAAAUACAGCCACACCUCUCACCGCAAAGCGCUCCACGUUUGGUUCAGACGUCAAAAAUUACCAGCCAGUGGACCGACAAGCAUCACCAGAUCGUCCGAGAAGACCCAGUUCAACCGGCCAUGACCAGACUGAGAGAAAUGGAAAUAAUGUCCAUCGUCCGUCGAUCGGCUCCUUCGAAUCUUUCGGGUCAAACGGCACCACGCGAAGCUUCCCCCUGGUCAACAAGCCGAAAACCCAACAACACACAGCUAGCACGCCAGAUUUCCGAGCCUCAAAGGAAAUCGAGCCUUCGCUUCUAAGUGACUCCAUGACAUUAACAGAUGGUAUGAAUGGCGAGCGACUCCAGCCGUCACCUGUCCACAUGCUAGCUAGGGAGGAUCAGAUUCUCGUUGAGAGACUCGUGGCAAGUCUCGGCAAAUGUGUCCUUGGACUACAAGAAUCGGGACGUGCGAGCUACGAUGGCAGGGUGUUCAGGCGUCGGUUGGACGCAGCAAGGAGAGUGCUGGAAGGAGAUCAGGAACCGGUAUAAGUGUUUCUCAAGAGAAGAUUCCCAGUCAAACGUAUAUACGACACUAUUCUUUUCUUUUUGUAGGGAUAUUGGGGACCGGCCAGUGGGUCAGGAUCUGGCGUACCGAUUUAGCAUUUCGAUCGAUGACGAGAGCAUUUCUUUUGUCUUUGGUAGGUCCAGGAGAUAUUCGACAAUAGCACGGCGCAUUCGAGGGCUUACCGACAUCUCAUUAUUAUGACUGCGCUGUUCAGCACAACACAUGUUAUUCUUUCGAUCGAAAUAUAGGGACUGAGGCGCAUAUGGCAGGAUUUCGGUGCGCAAAAUGCUUGCUUCGUUUCUGGCAUGUUUUGGCUUGCUACAUAUAAUUUUUUGUUAUGCUUUGAUACCCAACUUGCUUUUUUAAUUUAUACUUAGACCCAUGGGUGUAUGGGACGGAGAAGGUUUUCCGAGCCUGGGAGGUGAGGAACCGGUACAGGAGAAUUGGGGGAAAGGGAGUGGAGGAGCUUUGGAUGUGGAAAAUACGAUAUGAAUUUAAUUGAAUGAGAAGGGGAUGUGGUGGAUUUACUUCGUGGCGGAUGACUGUUGCUCGGUCCGUAGCUGAAUGAUAGUAGAUUUCGUGGAGUGGAGAUGAAGUCGAUAUUUAGUAAAUGAAUAUCAUUGCACGUACAAGACUUUGGCG